GCGAGACACGGAGAUGACCGGACCAACCCUAUAAGGAGACCAUGAUACACCUCAAGCGAACGACUGGCACUCUCAAUUUACCGUAACGCAUAUCUGUAACCACAACUCACCAUGGUCUCUGCUGAAUUCUCUGAUCGCCCCUUUAAAAAGCUGAUUCUCUUUGAUGUCGAUGGUACUUUGUCGCUAGCACGGCAGGCUGCAUCAUUUGAAAUGAUCGAGUUACUUCGUGCGUUGCGGAAGAAGUAUGUUAUAGGCUUUGUAGGUGGAUCAGACCUUGUCAAGAUAUCAGAGCAGUUAUCGGUGAACGGAAGUGACGCUAUCGAUGCCUUUGAUUUCGGAUUCGCAGAAAAUGGACUGACCGCAUAUCGCCUGGGGAAGCCUCUCCCAUCGCAAUCGUUCAUAAAGUACGUCGGGGAAGAUCGCUACAAGAAAUUGGUGAACUUCAUCUUGCACUACGUUGCUGACAUGGACAUUCCUAUCAAGCGGGGUACAUUUGUCGAGUUUCGCAACGGCAUGAUAAACGUGAGCCCCAUUGGCCGUAAUGCAACCGUGCAAGAACGCCUCGACUUCGUAGAUUACGAUAAAGAGCACCGUGUACGAGCUGCUUUUGUAGAGGUUCUCCAAGAAAAAUUUGCAGACUACGGAUUAACUUUCGCAAUCGGAGGUCAAAUUUCGUUCGAUGUUUUCCCGAAAGGUUGGGACAAGACAUAUGCUUUGCGGCACGUCGAGGGUGAAGGCUUUGAAGAGAUCCACUUUUUUGGUGAUAAAACAUACAAGGGAGGAAAUGACUACGAGAUUUUCUCAGAUCCUCGUACCAUUGGUCACACUGUGCAGAAUCCUGCAGAGACAGCUCGCAUUCUAAAAGAGCUUUUCUUUGCGUCGUGACUGAAGUAGACGAUUUGUAUUAGUCAUUAAAUCAGCAUCGAAAAUGUAUGGGAAACAAUCUGAGCAUUUUCAUUUUUUCUGUAUACAUGUACUUGAAAUUUAUAUAAGUACAGUGUAUAA